CCGCGCAAGCGCACUGCCGGCGAGGCCAGGCCUGAGGGAGGAGGUGGAUCAUGGCCGCCUCCAUGAUGGGCGCCCGGGCGGCGGCGGCUGCGGCGGCGAAACAGGUGCUGGGCUGGGGCUGCGCGGAGCGGAGUGCCGCUGCCAAGGUAUUCAGUGGAAGACAAGGUUUGUUUCCUAGCUAUAUGUUCCAAGUGCAGCAGCGAAGGAGCUUGUCGCUGCAUGAAUACUUAAGUAUGGAACUAUUAAAAGAAGCUGGCAUUUCUGUUCCAUAUGGAUUGGUUGCAAAGACACCAGAGGAAGCCUACAAAAUUGCAAAAGAAAUAGGUACAAAGGACCUUGUUGUAAAGGCACAAGUUUUAGCUGGUGGUAGGGGGAAAGGAACCUUUGAAGGUGGCCUUAAAGGAGGAGUGAAAAUAGUAUUUUCUCCAGAAGAAGCAAGAGAUAUUUCCUCCAGAAUGAUUGGGAAAAAACUGUUUACAAAGCAGACAGGAGAAAAGGGCAGAAUAUGCAAUCAAGUGUUUAUCUGUGAGCGCAGAUAUCCCAGGAGAGAGUACUACUUUGCAAUAACCAUGGAACGAUCAUUUCAGGGUCCUGUCCUCAUUGGCAGUUCUCAGGGUGGUGUCAAUAUUGAAGAUGUUGCUGCAGAGAAUCCUGAUGCCAUAGCUAAGGAGCCAGUUGACAUUGUAGAAGGCAUUCAAAAGGAGCAGGCCAUCAGGCUGGCCAAGAAAAUGGGGUUUCCUGCUAAUUUGGUAAAUGAAGCAGCUGAUAAUAUGAUUAAGAUUUACAACCUCUUCAUUAAAUUUGAUGCUACUAUGGUAGAAAUUAACCCCAUGGUUGAAGAUUCUACAGGGAUUGUGAUGUGUAUGGACGCAAAGAUAAAUUUUGAUAGCAAUUCGGCUUAUCGUCAGCAGAAAAUCUUCGGCCUGCAGGACUGGACCCAGGAAGACCAGCGAGACAGAGAUGCAGCCAAAGCAGAUCUCAAUUAUAUAGGAUUAGAUGGAAGCAUCGGAUGUCUUGUGAAUGGAGCUGGUCUUGCAAUGGCCACUAUGGAUAUAAUUAAACUUCACGGAGGCACCCCAGCAAAUUUUCUUGAUGUUGGAGGUGGUGCUACAGUGCAACAAGUAACGGAGGCCUUUAAACUGAUUACAUCAGAUAAAAAGGUGCAAGCUAUUCUGGUAAAUAUUUUUGGAGGCAUUAUGCGAUGUGAUGUGAUCUCACAGGGAAUAAUUAUGGCAGUAAAAGAUUUGGAAAUCAAAAUACCUAUUGUUGUACGGUUACAAGGUACACGAGUUGAUGAUGCUAAAGCUUUAAUAACAGCCAGCGGUCUGAAAAUACUUGCCUGUGAUGACUUGGAUGAAGCUGCUAAAAUGGUUGUGAAACUCUCUGAAAUAGUCACCUUAGCAAAGCAAGCUCAAGUGGAUGUUAAGUUUCAGUUACCAAUUUGAUCAGACACGUAAUGGUUCAUGUUCCCCAAACCCUUGUUGUGAUCAGCUUUCUAAAAUACUGUUCUAUUAUUUCUUCUUCCUUUUAUGUGUGUGAAGAUUUUACUUGCUUGAUAGGCAAGCUUGUAUCACCUUCCUGUUAAUAUUCAAAGUGUUUGCUGUAAUAAAAAAAAGUUAAAUAGUUGCAGUCUGUCCUUCAGUUACAGCUACAGAAACAGAUGGUCUUCAUAUGGGGAAAUACAACCUUGAGGUUGAAAAUUUAGUUAAAAACUAAAAGUCCAUAGCUUGUGUUGAUCUGAGUGAUAACAUACUUAACAGUUAGGCUUAGUAACAUAUUGUUGGCAUUUGUCUGUCUCAGGAGACAAUGGAGUGCACCUCCAGAAGUAUCUGCUGGGCAACUUUAAGAGAAACAAUUCAUUUAGCACAGAAUACUAUGGUAAUACAGAUGAAUGUGUUGAGGUAUUCUGUAUAGGCAGUAUAUCAAAUAUAUUUAUAUUCUGCAGUACAAUGAAUGAACUAGAACAGGCAUCCCCAAACUGUGGCCCUCCAGAUGUUUUGGCCUACAACUCCCAUGAUCCCUAGCUAACAGGAUCAGUGGUCAGGGAUGAUGGGGAUUGUAGUCCAAAACAUCUAGGGAUGCCUGAACUAGAAAAUACUGCUCACUAUUUAUGAACAGUGCAUUUUUACAGCAACAGCUCUUUGAACGUUGUAAUUUAAUCACUAUAAAAGUACCGUCUUCAUUAUUUUCUGGUACUUAAUUUAAAAUAUCAUGUAGAUUUGUAUACGAACUAAUAACUGCUUGUUUCUUUUAGUACUGGGUAGACAUAGUAUUCUUUAGAGUAGCAAAUAAAAUUUAUUCAAAGAGCUGAGCAUUGUUCCCCUUCACAUAUUUAUAUUUAAAUGAAAUCAUUGUUAAAUAUUACUGUGAAAUGUGUUCCUAAAAUCAGUGGGGAUCUGAAUGUUACAAUCUUAGCACUUACAUAGUGCCUUAGAGUCUACAAAACGUUCAACAUGUGUUAUCUCUAAUAGUGCCACAAAAACUUAGCUACAGCAAAGUGGGAUUGAAUGUUAUGUUAAUAGAUACACUUCCUUUUUAUAGAAAACCUCUAUUGGAAUAUACGUUUAACAAGCUGCGUACAACUUGGAACCAGGGCCAGAUUUGUAACUAGGAUAAAUAAAGAAUUGGAAACUCUUCACA